AUGCGACAUCACCAUUCGAGUUAUGUGGUGGACCAGCCCGGGGAGCGAUUAUCGUCGUCAACGACACCGUGGCAGAUAAAGAAUGACACCGCACUCAACGAGUCUAAUUCUCUUGAGGGGGAUGAAGUGCUUAAUACAGCUUUAUAUUCAGACAAGGACCAAUUUCCGAAGCAGCAUACUAUAGAGCCAUCAUCAAACAGACAACUUGUAGCAAAAAAGCUGAACGUGGACUCGGAGGUCGAAUCAAACUACAAUGGACGGUACAGGAUCUGGCCGGGACUGGUGCUACUGUUUGUGCUUGUUGGUGGUGCUGCAACUUUUAUUGUAACGGGAGCUAAAAACAGACACGAAGCCCGCACAGUACAAGUAAUGAUGUACGAGCGAAAUUUAGCAAACCGGCGCUCGAUCAAAGAUGGCAAAAGUGAUGAUAAAAUUAUUAUUUCGGACGAUGGUCAAGUCGGCAAUCCGAAGUCGUACGAUACCACAGUCACGUGUGAAAUGCCUGAUUACCAAAGCAAAAAUGGUCAAAUCGUGGCGGUUGCUUCAAAUGGCACGGAGAUACCAAUCCAAAUCAAGGGGACUAACUGGUUCGGGAUGGAAACAGCACUCGCAGUUCCGUUUGGUCUAUGGGAGAACUCAGAGAAUGGCACUACAGCUUACGAAGUCGCGGCAUUCCUUGCGCGAAAUAAAUUUAAUGCUGUGAGAUUACCGAUUUCUAUUGAAAAUGUUCUUCAUAACAAUCCACCUCAAAAAGGAGUAAUCAAUCUCUCAAGCAAUCGUGCAAUCAACGGAACAAACUUCAUCUCGACUUUACAGACACUCAUCAAGUCCUUAGCUUAUCGCAAUAUUGGUGUGCUUAUAAGUAUGCACAGGCUUACAAAUACAAAGUCAGGAGCAACAUGGUUUGAUGCACAACUCGGAGUUAGUCAGGAUGACUUUUUAAAUGCGGUUGAUAUCGUGUCGUCAAAUCUCUGUGGACCAGAAUAUUGGAAUGUCAUGGGACUUGACCUGAAAAAUGAGCCAGAAACCGCAACGUGGGGUACAGGGGAGGAAGAUGAUUUUGUCUUGGGCUGCGAGAAAAUUGCAAAGGUUAUGCAUGAAAAGUGUCCUCAGUGGCUGGGAUUUGUUGAGGGUGUGGUGGCCACACACACAGUCACAAUCGAAGGAGAGGAUAUGAAAUAUUAUGAUUGGUGGGGUGGAGGUCUGCAGAAGGCAAAGGAUAGUCAGCCCAACUUUACCUUAAAGAACAAAGUAGUUUGGGCACCACACUAUUACACGACUGCAGUCGCCCCUCAGCAAUAUUUUUAUGGAAAAGGAACGACUUCGGACUUUUCGACGUUUGUUGAGCUAUCCGAUGACAUUCUUCUGGCACGCGUUGAAGGCACGAUGAAUGACAUGUUUGGAUAUUUAGCGGACAAAAGUGGUUUCGCCCUUCUUUUAGGAGAAUUUGGUGGUUUAUACACGAAAGAUACUCACCCGGAGAUGACAACGAAGCGCACAACGGAUUUGACAAUUCAAGUGCUCUUAAAAAAUAAGUAUGCAGGUGGUUUUAUGUGGUCGCUGAAUCCAGAAAGUGAAUACAGGUUCAAUCCUGCAGAUACGCAAGGCUCGUUCACUGAAGGCAUGCUGCUUGACGAUUGGUUGUCACCGAAUAAAGAAUUUUUAGACGCGCUCACACCCAUGGAUGCUAUGCCGAAUUUGCGCAAAUUUCCGUGCUUUCUGUCAAAAGAUGAAUAG